AAUUGAAGCAGCACAUUAAGAUAAGUGAGGUCGUGACUCGCUCACACAGCCGCCCGUGUCCCGACACGGCUGUACCGACAGUAUACUAUCUAAUACACACUGCUAUCAAGUAACGCACAUCGACUGUUUACAUUCCCCAACUAUAUUUGGACCGGGUACAUUCAUCUUAAAUCUAGUAAUUAUUAGCGAAGAUGCACGGCUCUCACGCGUUUCUCUUCACCCUCGCCAGUUUAGUGUGUUCAGUGAACUGUUUUCUAAGCAGGGAGUCCAUAUGUAUACAAUACUAUGCCACAGGAGAGAAUUAUGACUUGAACGAGUUGCCAGAACAAAUGUUUGGAGUGUACUUCUGGCCCCCGAAUCAGAGGCAACGGGACAGCUGCGAGAAUAUCUCCUUCAAGAAGUUAUCCCCUCAAGAAGCGACACUGAAGUCUAAUGAGUGCAGCGCUCUUAACUUACCGGCGAAUGAAACAGUGAUGAAAGCAACAUACGUCAACAACUCCGGCAAAACUGUCAAUUUAGUGUAUUACGGUGAUCAAGAAGUGAAGAAAAUGUAUCGUGCUUGUGAUAAAAAUAUAGCCACGUACAUAUUCAAAAAAGUGAACGAUUCCUAUGUUUUGGGUAUUAAUUGUUCGGCUGGUGGUCGUGGGAUAUUGUACUCCAAAUUCUUGCCGAGCUCUGCAGAAGUGCAAGCCGUUGCAAACAGCAUUGAAAUCAUGAAUGGUCGUGAAGGAAGCCCGGAUUGCAGACUUAACUAAUAAUUCUCAAUUUAUUUAAAAUUAAAUACACAUUUACUUAUUAAAAUAACAUGAUUCUUAAA